AAACCUCCCUACUCCUACAUCGCCCUGAUCACCAUGGCUAUCCUGCAGAGCCCAGACAAGAAGGUGACCCUGAGUGAGAUCUGUCAGUUCAUCAGCAGCCGCUUCCCUUAUUACCGAGAGAAAUUCCCAGCCUGGCAGAACUCCAUCCGCCACAACCUCUCCCUCAAUGACUGCUUCAUCAAGAUGUCCCGGGAGCCGGGGAACCCCGGGAAAGGCAGCUACUGGAGCCUGGACCCAGCCUCCGAGGGAAUGUUCGAGAACGGGAGCUUCCUGCGCCGCAGACGGCGCUUCAAGAGGCAGACCCAGAGGGAGAGCUCAAGCCUCCGGCCGAUGCUCCAGGGGGCUGCCGGCAGCUCAGAGGUGGAGCCCUCUCGCCUCCUGCAGAGCACCUCAUUCAGCAUCGAGAGCCUGAUGGGAGCUGGUCCCUCUCCCCCCUUGAGCCUCCCAGUCUGGGCUAACCCUCCGUCCUGUCACCCUUUCCAGUCCAGCCCCUGGCUGCUCUCCACCGUCCUGAACAUGUCCACAAGACGCGUGUACAACCCCAGGAACAACCGUCUGAUGGGGACCCCCUCCACUAGGCUCCCUCUCCGCUCCCCACCCUAA